AACUUACUCAGCUACUUUCCAACUCAAACUAAUAAAAUCUUAGUAACCACUUCUUCUUCUACAACUCGAAUCGAACUACUUUAUAUUUGUUUGGUUUAUGGACUACUUCAGUCAGCUUACAGACACGUGUCACUACGUGGUGGAGAGCAGUAUCUCAGACAACAAUAUUAAUUACAAGGAAGGAAGUUCAUCACCAUUUUCGUCGGAGGAAGCGUCACGAGGAGCUUCGCAUUCCGACGAGGAAGUGAUACUGGCAUCGAACAGGCCUAAGAAGAGAGCUGGGAGAAGGGUUUUCAAGGAGACGAGGCACCCUGUUUAUCGAGGCGUGAGGAGGAGGAACAACGACAAGUGGGUCUGCGAGCUUCGCGAGCCCAAUACGAAGACCAGAAUAUGGCUCGGCACUUAUCCCACCCUCGAAAUGGCAGCGCGAGCUCAUGACGUGGCGGCCAUUGCUUUCCGUGGAAAGUCCGCUUGCCUUAACUUCGCGGACUCUGCUUGGCUGUUGCCCAGGCCAGCCUCGCUUGAUGCUAAGGACAUACGCGCCGCUGCGAGGGAGGGCGCCGAGGCGUUUAGGCCUCCUGAAUACGGCGGCGUUUCGGAGGAGAAGCAGAAUGAAAAUGAAUCUGUGGUGGUGGUGGAUGAGAGUAACGAGAAAAAUGAAAGUGUGUUUUUUACGGAUGACGAUGCCAUGUUGGACAUGCCAGGCUUUUUAGCUGACUUGGCAGAAGGUCUGCUGCUUCCUCCUCCAUACAAUUAUUUCAGCACAGAUGACGUGGAAAGAAAUGAUGACGUGUCGUUGUGGAGCUAUUAGUGGCUUUUGAUACUCUUUGAGAGUGUAGCUGUUGGAGUACCUACCUUUUACCUUUUUUAGUGGAUGAAUGGUUUUUUUUCUCUGUUUCAUCGUUGGUUCGUUUUAGGACAAUGUCUUUAUUCUUUUCUCCAGCGAAAUUUGUACGAAUUUAAUAUGUAUAAAUAAAUAUGAUUUAUACAUUUUUA